ACUCAAAGACUGAGGGCCAGCUGCAUGACCUUGCGGUGUUUGUAAACAUACACACGUUGUUUCUCCAGUGUCUGAAAGAGUUGCAAAGUGUUUAGAGGUGAAGAAUACGAAGAAUCAUAUCGCUUAAGAAUUUUGGAUACGUGAAUAAUGGAGGUCGAACGCAUGUGCAUAGUCGAAAACGAGAUGGACGGAUCCCGUAGCGAUCGAAAAGAGGGCGGAAAGCGGGGACGCAAGCCCGGCAGAAAGGCGGCCGACAAGGCGGAUAUGAAGGCCAAGCUCGGUUCUCGAGGCUACUGCAAAAGGGUCGCCAUCGCAGCCCCCGAUUUUAAUACGAACGCAACGUUGCGUGUUGCAGAACGCAGCCGACAAAGUGCGCGCGAAUGUCGCGCCAGAAAGAAGCUCAGGUACCAGUACCUGGAGGAAUUGGUCACCGACAGGGAGAAGGCCGUCCUCGCUCUCCGCAAGGAACUUGAUAUGUACCAACAGUGGGGAUUGGAACUGGACGCCGGGCAGGUGCCAAAAGGGCUGCAGGCGAUGCUUGAAGAGCUUGGGGCCCUCAAGCAGGAGAAGAACAACAACUAGCGAUCUAAGCUGAACUCUUGAUCAUGAUUUUUUAAAUGCUAUUAUGUAUAAAUAUUCCCUUAACCCGCUCAUUUUCUUUCAUUGCGCUUUUUUUUUUUAUCCCUUCUAUGUUUCAUUUCUGAUUAUAUUUUUACAAUGAUUGUCUUUGGCCGACUUGCGUCACGUCAAAAGUUUGAAGACAUUAUGCUAUAGAUUCCGAGACGUUCGCGCCUCAUCAUGAUAUUGAAGAAAUGAUUUCGAGGGUAUUCAAAAUCUCAAAUUAUCUUCAAUGUCUAGCCUUAGAAUUUUGCGCCUUUCGAUAUAUAAAUUUUUCACCAAUUAUAACGUAUAAUUAUGUGAUGAAAAAAAAGCUUGUAUAGUACCUAUACAUUUUGAUAUAGUAUUUUACAUAUCCUUCAUACCAAGUCGUUGCAGUUAUUGAUGUACAAUAUUCAACAAUAUCUUCUUGCAAUUUUUUAUCUUCAUUCAAAUCGUAAUUUUCGGAUUGUGAGUCAUUUAUUUUUGGGUUUCUUUCUCUCCAUUCUAGGCUUAAGUUUUAACUAGUGUACUACUACCGUAUUACCUGUUUGUUUAUAACUAUUAGACCAAAUUUUAACUGUUAGUGAGAAAAAAAGAAAAGAUUUGAAAUUUUUUUUAUAAACAUCCAAAUUAUAUUAAUGUUUUUUAUAACCAACUACGUUAAUAGUUACGAGAUUUAUUAUUGUUAAAAGUUGGACUAUGGCAACGGGCGUUGGAUAUUAUUAUUAUAACUAUUAUUGUCAUUAUCUUUAUGUUAUUACAUAUUUAUGUAUCAUAAUAUGAAAUGAAGUGAAAUCACCUAUAAUAUAUUUAAUCCUAAACAAUU